UCAGGAGUUUCGGACAUGAAACUUCCUGGCGGGUGCGUGCGCACGGCCACCAAUCACCGGCAAAGUGGCGGAUGCUUCCCGCCUUCUUCACGUGGCGCCGAUCUCGUCGUCGACCACAGAUCCGACGGCCAUGGCACGUCCGUACGCUAGCUGUCCGGCCGCAGCCACGUUUGCGCCCGCCCGGUGCUAACCUGCGCCAGUAGCCCCUAUAAAAGACUCGUGUGUAGAGCAGACGGGGACUCAUCGCAGAGUCUCUCACUCGCAUUCACGAUUAAUUCACGAGCUCCGAUCAGUCUCUAGCUUCGCUGCAACAAGCUCUCCUAGGCCUGCUGCUUUGCUCCUGGACCAUCCAUGGAGGCCUACGCGGCACCGGCGUCGCCACCCACGUGCGUGGACAAGCUCAGCCACCAGCUCUUCUCCCUGCUCGAGAGCAGGUUCCUCGGCGGCUGGUGCCCGUCCGGCCCCGGGACACCCGCGCGGGCACUCCUCGACGGCGGCCGCGUGCGGGUGCUCGCCAUCGACGGCUGCGGCGCGGGCGCCGAGGACGCGCUCCUGGCCGCCGCGGCGCUCGCCAGGCUCGAGGCCAAGCUGCGCGACUGCACGGGGGACCCCGACGCGCGCGUCGCCGACUUCUUCGACGUGGCCGCGGGCGCCGGCGCGGGCGCCGUCCUCGCCGCGAUGCUCUUCCUGAGGGGCGCCGACGGCCGGCCUCGGUACUCGGCCCAGGACGCGCUCGCGUUCGUGGCCGCCAGCGUCGGCGGCAACGGCAAAGGCUGGGGAGGAGGCCGGCGCGGGCCUCGGUGGGCGAAGCUCUUCCGCGGCGCACGCGGCGGCGCGGAUGACCGGAUGUUCCGCCGCGUGUUCGGCGACGCGACGCUCAGGGACACCGUGGCGCCGCUCCUCGUGCCGUGCUACGACCUCGGCACGGCCGCGCCGUUCGUGUUCUCGCGCGCCGACGCCGUCGAGAGCGACAGCUUCGACUUCCGCCUCCGCGACGUGUGCGCCGCCACCUGCGCCGCGGGCGGCGCGCUCGCGUGUGUGAGGUCGGUCGAUGGUGCCACGGCAAUCGCCGGGGCGUCCGGGGGAGUGGCGGCCAUGGGCAACCCGGCCGCGGCGGCCAUCACGCACGUGCUCCACAACAAGCAGGAGUUCCCCCUCGCCACCGGCGUCGAAGACCUCCUCGUCCUCUCCAUCGGCGCCGGCACCUCGGCCACCGUCGUGCGCGACGGGUCGAGCACGCCCAUGCCCACGCGUUCUCCGUCGCCGCGGGAGCUGGCGCGCGUGACCGCCGAGGGCGUCGCGGACAUGGUGGACGAGUCAGUGGCCAUGGCGUUCGGGCACGCGUGCGGGAGCAGCUACGUGCGCAUCCAGGCCAGCAAGGCGCCGGCGGCCCACGAAGCGGCCGCGGCCGCAGCCGGAGCGAUGAUGCUAGCGCAGCGGAACGUGGAGUCGGUGCUGUUCCGCGGGCGGAGGCUGUCGGAGCGGACCAACGCCGAGAAGGUGGACGCGCUGGCCGCGGAGCUGGUGAAGGAGCAGGAGCGGCGGAGGCACAGCCCGCUUCCGAACGUGGCCAUCAAGCAGGUCGGCACGCCGCGCCUGUCGUCGGCGACCACUGCUUCGUCGGGCACUGGGACGGCCAGGACAGCGUCGACGAUGCCGUCGCCGGCGUCAUGGGAGUCACGCAGGUAGCUGGCCGGGUUGAUUUUAGGCCGUAAUUAACGUGGUGAGGAUAUUGUCAAUGCAAGGCUAGGUGUGGGGUGUGUUAUUUUUGUUUUUUACAAGGAGGCACACACGUGGGUUCGGAAAAUGAAAUUCGGUUAAUUAACGGCAAUUCGCCGAGCACGACCGACUACACGAAUGUGUUUUUGUAAGGAUGAUGAUGGAGAGAAGGGGUAUCAUCGUAACAAAAGCCAAAUUUUGGGCUCGUUUGCA